GCUGGUAAACUUCAAGACAGCUAGUAUGCUAGUCUAGCUUUAGCUGACCUGUUUCACGGUUUUACUCUGCUGUUCAACACUGUUUAUCUUGUACAUUUAGUGUUAGCAUAGACAUCAGCGUGAAUGCAAGGGGCAAGGCUUACAAUUAGUGGUUAGAGAUGGACAACGAUCAACAGUCCAAAGAAAGCACGGAUCGGUCGGACUUGGUUUCUGAGGACGGCAAAAACAGCAAGUCUGUAGUGUGUCAGCGCUGCGGAUCCAAGGUGUUAUGUCCGGGGAUGGCUGUGUUUGCAGAGAAAGAGCUGUUCCUACCAUCCAUGCGGAAAAAGACCGGCCUCAGCAACACAGAGGGGUCAGUGGACGGGGACACUCUGACCUCCCACUGGUUUGUGGACGACAUGUACACUUUCGAGAAUGUGGGUUUCACUAACAACGUGGGGAGAAUCAAGUACCUCAUCUGUGCAGAUUGUGAGAUUGGACCAAUUGGCUGGCACAGUUUGGAUGACAAGAAGAGUUUCUAUGUCGCUGUGGAAAGGGUGAAUCAUGCAUAGUCUAAAUGCAAAUGUGAGCCCAAACGAACUUCAGAAAAUGUGUUGGCAGGCUAUGCAUCUUUUCAUGGAUUUACACCCCGAGUUGCCACACAGCUUAAUCCAUUACACACAUACUCACAUAUGCUGUAUUGUUAUGUAUACAUUGUUUAUGAUAACAGGGCUGUGUUGCUCUCAGUCUCCUCUGUCACACUCUGACAAAAGUAUGCCCAUCAUGUGCUAAUAAAGAUGUUUUUGGGGAAGCUGA